GGCUGAUAAUGUUGGGCACCCUCCGAUGAAGAUUACACUGAUUGAAUGGCACUGCUCAUGGACCACACACCAAACACCAAACACGCACACGUAGAUAGUACCACAGAACCGUACUAUAUCGACUAUCAGAGUAGGUAGUAGUAUAAAGUAUUGGACGUAUAUUCAUACUGAACAAAUCCAAUACCCUAGCCAGACAACAAGUGCGAUACCACACACAAGAUGGCCGACCAACGAGACCAAGAUGUCAUCAAACAGGAACCAAUGGUUGAAGAGAGCGAAAGCGAAGACAGAGAGGAGGUGUCUUGGAUAGAAUGGUGGCUUACACGAUCGGGCAAUGACUUCCUCUGUGAAGUGAGCGAGAGUUUCAUACAGGACAAUUUUAACUUGACCGGGCUGCAAAACGAAGUGAGGCAUAUGCGAAGGGCUCUGGAUAUAAUUUUAGACAUAGAGUUCGAUGGAUCUGAUGAAUCGUCGGAGGAUGAACUAGAGAAAGAGGCGCAAAAGCUGUACGGGUUGAUACAUGCCAGAUUUAUAGUUAGUCCCCGGGGGCUUGCGAGGAUGGUAGAGAAAUAUAACAAUGGAGACUUCGGACAAUGUCCUAGGGUGAUGUGUGAACGGAUAAACAUGCUACCAGUCGGCAUGAGUGAUAAUUACGGGAAAGGAAUGGCCAAAUCAUUCUGCCCGAAUUGUAAAGACAUAUACAACACGAAGAUCAAAAACGAUUUAGUCGACGGUAGCUUCAUCGGCACCUCAUUUCCGCAUGUCGCACUGCUUACAUUCCCCGAAUUGAGUCCAGCGGGUGCUGGCAACUUUGAUAAGCUAUCUGCGACUACGAUGAAUACAUACUCUGUCUCAAAUAGCGGGGCCGUGGACACCAGCAGGGUAAUGCACUCUUGCUCUACUGUGUGCAGUGUCUUGCAGAACCGCGGCAACGCAGGUAGACAAUUAACCAGGACUUUGACCCUGUGA